GAUCCGCCUACGUGUUCUUAUGACAAAUCUGUAAACACCGCAAGUGAUGUCGGGAUUGGUGAAUUCAGUGACUUUCGGUUUGUUGCGGGUAGAAUAUUAUUGAUCGUGAUGCUUUUUAGUUUACCGGGUCUAUCACUCUUGUCAUUACAAGCUCCUAAAGUUCGCUUCAGUACGUCCGAAUCGUUUUAAAACGCCGGUUUCAGCAAAGGGAGUUAUUCACUAAUAGAUGUCUGAUGGUGUUCAGCGUACUGACGGUGUUCGGCUCGUCGAUAAACUGACAAGACACAUGUUGAGAUUAAACCCCACCUUCGACAUUCAAAGAGAUGUUGUGUCAAGCAUUUUGGCCAAGGAGGAAAGGGCGAAUAUAGGUGUUCUUGAGCCUCGAAUUCUGAGUGUGGAGAGAGAUGGAGGAGUCGUGUACUCAUGGAGAGGGGCAACAGGAACUACAAGAAUUGGGAAAUAUGAUCCUCACAGUACAGAGAAUAAGCUCCUCUACACAUUUGACAAGCAAGUGUGUGUCAGCAGCUGCUCUUUAAAUAAAGAAGAAACACUACUGGCGGUCAGUCUGUCUCAAUGCACACAAGAAGGCCGCUUUAAACCAGUGUCAAAAUGUUUAACGCUUCUCAUCGAGAUUCACCCAAUCAACAACACAAAGGUCCUAAAGGCAGUCGAUUGCAAGGUCAAAGUGCAGUUUCUCUAUCCCAAGACAUGCCGGAGCACUGUACUAGAGAGCCAUUUGCUGUUGGCAUCAGAGGAUGGCUAUGUUGAUCAGUACCACAUAGCUCUGACCAGACAGGAAGGGUACAGAGUGGUGAUGCAGAAUUCAGAGCGUCUGAGCAGAGAGAGAGUGGCAGAGGAGUUCAUAUGGGUCCAGUGGGACUCAGACACUCAAAGAAUAUUCUACCUUACUGCACGGGAGAAACACACAUUGAAGUGUGUACAGUUUUACGCCGAUCGCAAUUUCGAAACUGUGUUUGAGCUUCCAUUGGAGAUGCCCAACAUUGUCACUUCUCCUGUGAGGUUUGUUAACUUUGGGUAUGAUCACUAUCAAGACUUGGAGGACGAGGGUCUCAGGUUAGAAGUGUUCACCAGCCCAACAGAGAGAACCAUGUGUGUGUGCUACAGCCAUCCAGUGCGCUGGCAUAAGGACGCCACAUAUACUAUUGCAUUUGUGCACCAAGGCUGCAGUAAGACAUUCACUGUAUCUCUAGAGCAAGGCUCUGCACCAGCAAAUUUCCCAACUGUCCGUCCUAUCUUCAUUCAUCUGGAUUAUUAUAUAGUGGUGUACAUGCCUGAUCAGUUCCUGCACUUAAUCAACUGCAGACAACAGGACCUUCUCUGCUACAGUCUUUUCCUGUCAGGGGCGGAUGGUCAUAUUGAAGCACUGUGUUCGGGCAGAGCGGUUGUGAGUGUGUCUGGCAACCGGCUGCUUGAUGUCCAAGCUGGCAGGAUAUACAACAUGGAUCUCAACCCAGACUUCCUGCUUGAGCUUCUGAGUUCAGGCAGACCUGAAGCCCAGCAGCUGGCGGCUCUGCACUGCAUGCUGGUUUACCUGCAGCCAAAUCCUGUGCUAGAGCUCAAGAUUAUAAACUGGAUCAGUGAGAACGUCAUGAGCUUUGAUGCUUUUGAUCAGAUUCAGGAAUUUAUUCUAGCCUCCUUGUACAGAAUAAGCUACCAGCAGUGUGUGAGCUUAGAUAAGCUGUUGCCAUACUCCUGUGUAUUUGAGAAGAAGGAGCUUCCUGUGGCUCUGACGGCAAUCUCUGGUGUGAAAUGCACCCCUGAACUGCUCUGUCAACCAAUAAUCAAAGGGAAGGCUAAAAGCCUGCAAGGUUACUGGGAAGAGCUUCAGCAUGUUUUGGACAGGAUGAGGUAUUUCGAGGCGGUACCAUGUCCACGCUUCAGGACCAGUCUGAUUAAAGAGGACUGGACUAAACUUCAGGCUGCUAUGAACUCGGAGAAGAAGAAAUCCCCCCGCAGUCAUCACUACAUUGAAGAGAACACCAAAAAAGUUUUAUCCAUGGUGGACACUUGGCGUUUGGACAGGCGUGUUGUUCCACUCUUUCAGGAGGAAGAUCAACAGCAGAGGGUGCUGGUGGGCCUGAUGGUUGACAAGCUCAGAGAACACUUGAACAGACAUUUAUCACGACUGGGGAAGAAGAAGAUUGAUUUGCUGGUGGUGAAUUAUGCUGCAAAGCUGCUUGAACUCAUCUGGCACGUGUUGGAAUUGGUGUGGCAGAAGCUGAAGUUGGGCCCUUGGGUGCUUUGCAUUAAGCAGCAGGGUAACUCGGAGGAAUGGGCCAUGUUUCAUGUGAUGUUUCGCAUACUGGAAGCCACUAAAGGGCUCUGUCUUCCUCUUCCUCCAGGUUAUUCAACACUGUUAAGUGUUCUUGGAGUCCGUUGUCUCCCACAGCACACUUUUCUCCAGUAUGUGGAUCAUGGCCUUCUUCAACUUACAGAACCAUUUGUUUCACGCCUCAUGACAGAUUUAGAUAACAGUGAUGCCAAUGAGCAGCUGAAGUUCAGUAUCCUGAAAAGACUUCCUGAGCAUAUAGAUAAGAAAGUGAGCCAACGGUGGGAUCAUCCCAUAACCUCUGCAAGCAUCUCCAGAGAAUACAUCGGGUCAUUGCUGGACAAACACUCAGAGAGCAAGGACUCUGCACUUUUGGACUACAGCAAGUCAAGUUUCUAUCCUGAUUUUCUACCUCUGAACUACCUCGCCAAGGUUCUCUCCAAUAGGGAGGAACAAGCUCAGAACCCUUUCGAAGAGCAGGAGAAUGUAGAUGUCAGAUUUGUGGAAGAAACAGCCCUAAAGCAGACACUGAUCAAACUGGGCUUUGAGGUCAAGUAAAAACAGCCCAGUACAAACUAAAAAAGUAGUUUAAAGGGAAACUUUGAGGAAAAAUUAUAGAGGAAACGCACUCACCUAAGAACAAAGCUUAGGUUCGUUUAGGUGACUUUAAUAAUGUACAGAAAUGUAUGGGUGUCAUACUAAAAACUGAAGCCCAAAAUCAUGCUGUUGACCAAAAAUAAUACCUUUGCUAUCUGUCUAGUCUUUAAAAAUCACAUUUUAGUACCCAUAUGGACACGUACUGACUCUAGUCAUGCCAAUACGUAUGGGGAAAAUUACGCACUUUUCUGUACACCCAGAUGCGAUGGAAGAGCACCAACAAAAAGGGAUUUUUUUUUCUCUCCAGAUGUUGUAAGGGGUCAGUUGGGUACAUUUGUAAAUAUUUCUUGAAUACAAAAUAAAAGAUCAUAUAUUCUUUUG